AUGACCCCGCUCUCCCCUAGUAUCACGGACAACUUCUACAAGCUACUGAACAGUAUCUGUGAUGUCGAUACGGCCCUGACCUUCUACCAUAUCGCGGGAGCGUCCAUAGACCCAGCGACGCUGAAGCACGUGGCGCGCACGGUGGCACGUGUUGAGCUCUCCGACCAUGUGGUGGACAUCGUCUUCACUCUGUUCGACGACAACAAUGACGGGCAGCUUAGUAACCGGGAGUUCGUAGCCGUCAUGAAGGCACGAGCUAACCGAGGCCUAGAGAAACCAAAGGACACCAACUUUGUCCGGCUUCUACGCAGCAUCACAAAGUGCAUUGGUGAGACGAAGCCGCAGGUGCUGAGCUUCUGAAGGUCUCCGCUGAGCGGCGCCACCAGCGCGGGCGAGUCCAUUCUGCGCAGUGAAAGGGGAGGUAUGUUCUGUUGAGUGAGGUGGUUAGAGACGAUGGGUUGUGCGAAAGACGUGGAUCGAUAUGAAGUUGGAGGAUGUGUCUUUAGUCAGGAUGGAUUUGUUCAGGUUGUCAUGGUGGUAUGACGAUAAAGCUGGCUGUUGGACUUAUCCCGAUUCCAACAAGCAUUAUAUUAGUGCCAAUACGACCAUAACCCAGUCAGUCAAUGUUUAGUGGCACUAAUUAUGACAGCCGUUUCCUCGAAGGCUGGCCAUGGUUAGGCAUCGACUGGUUGGCUGAUAACUGCAUGCUUGAUGGCUGGAUGUUGGGUGCUGGGAUUGAUUGGGGUUCAGUUUUGAGUCAAUGGAGUCAGGUUAUUAGAGUACAGUACAGUCACCCGAGUAACCGAGUAAUCAAACUCAGUCAGCCAGUUAGCUACCAGUCAGGAUAAGACCUCAGCUACGAUCACACCCGGCUCUCUGCAGAGCCAUGUUUGCCUCCAAUCGGUAGUAGCACACGUACCACUGUCGAGGAACCCUUCAACGGCCUAUCUUCUCAGCCCUUUCUGCUAGGAACUGACGGGCAUGGAACCUGUCGAGGCGUGGUAUAAGUGUAUCACCAUGUCAGCGUGAUUGUAUGAGUGAUUACUCUGUGUUGUUCGUGACUCGUGAGAGCACAUUCAGCACUGUUUUCAAUGGUGCUUGUUGGUAGGUACGACUGUGUGGUGUGUGAGAGAUGACAUUACCUCUGUUGUUAGUGACCAAAUCAGAGUUUCUGGUAAACUUUGUAAGUAAUAUGUCCGCUCUAGGUCAGUCAGUAGUCACAGUUAUUACUAGGAUAGGUCAGUGUGUUGUAUCGUUGUUCGUGGAAAACUAUUGAGUCAAUGCUACGGUUGUCAUCGGUGCCUCAGAUGAGGCUACAGCCUACACUUCGCACUUUACAUUAAUCGGCCGUAACAGAUACCGAUGUCUUGGGGGCGGGUAAUCAAACACUGUACCCAAGGUAUUGGCUGAAAAGAAAACAUUUUUGCGAUGUUAGGUGAUACUAUAACUAUUCCCAAUUGAUUAUCACUUAUUUUUGUGGGUUUUCAGAGCCAGUGUUGGUGCUAUUUUCAUGGCAAUUUUGCUAUUAUUUCGAUACGCUUUCAGUGGCCUCUCGUAACUCUUCAAUUGCAAUGUGUAAUUAUUAAACUGGUUGCUGCUGCUGCUGAUGAUGGUGAGUUAUGCAACAUCUCACCGCAUUGUUGUCUAUAAAGUUGAAAAUAUGCGGCUCAUUGAUAAGAUUUAACAUCAAAGUAUAAUUCUUGUCUGUAUAUUUCUACUGAUUAUCUGAAAUAGGAGUCUCCAGCCCAAGGUCCUAUAUAUAUGUCUCUGUAGUAUCACUCUACCGUUCGAAGCGCCAUCCCGUUCGGUUUGCAGAUGUCGCCACCGCUGAUGCUAUUUGCUGUGAGUUCCGCCGUAACUGCUGUGCGUUUGGCUUAUUUACCAAAUGGCACGUGCCACCAGCUUGGUUGUGAGGUUUUUCGACUAGCCUAUGUGUGAAUAUUUUUACUACGUUUGCGACAGCAAUGCGACAGUGCAAUUUGGCUUUAUAGAACCCGCGUGUGUUGGUUUUGCUUCAAUAGUUUUCGCGACUUUGAGUUACAAUUGACGAUUGUAUGUUACACCAAAUGGUCAGUUGACGAUCAAAAUUAUACAUGAAAUUAGCUUGCUGGUUGACGUCCAUGUGUUGUUGCGUUUGUUAAUUAUGCCCUUAGAGAGAUCUGGGCAAAAGUCAGACGAUGUCAGAUGCUACCUUGGCUUUUCCGAAGGGCGCUGUCGCCCAACCUUGGCUAAUCGGGCACAAGUUGAUGCCAGAUGAGUUACCAGUGUGUAUUGAAGAUAAUACAAUUUUUGGAAAUGU